ACAUAAAGCUAGUUCGGAAACUCGCGGAGCGCGAAUGUGCGAAGUUAGUCGCUACGAAAUCCAAAAGAUCUGGUGUUAACAUUGAACACCUGGCCCAUGGUAAAAGCUCAAAAGUGCCAUUUGUCGAGACCCGAGCGAGACUAUACACGUGCACGCUUUCGAGCGCCGAACAAAAAGUGAUGUAGUUUUCGUAAUUUUCUAUAAAAAAGGCAAACCAAGAUGGAUGUUGCUCCGAAAGGAUUCAAGAGGAAAGUUUUUCUUUGGGCAAGAAGGCAGAUUUUCGAUGCCAUACAUCAUGUUUUUUUAUCUGAAAAGUUGAAUAAUUUGAUCGAAAUUGUCGGCGUCAAACUCAUCGAAAACGCAACGCCUUCAUACGUGAUCGAAGAACAUUCGCGACAGACCACGAAGAACGUUUUGUUUGUUUUGAAAAAGAAAUGGAAAAAUGCCCAUAACACGAAAAAUCGUUUCCUAGAGGGUAAUAAAAGCUGGUUGGACGAUUCGACGAACAUUGCGGAGGAUAUCGAUCACGUUAUACUCUGGGUCUGGAAGAAUGGACUUACUCUUGACCCGGACAAAACACAGGCAAUUGUUGUUGGACUCACUUCUUCUCCGUCGCUUGUAACUCUGGCAUCAUUUUCGCUCCUUCGUAUCGAGAAUCGCACUAUACCUUUUUCGAAGUGAUUAAAGAUCUAGGAUAUUUCCUUAACCGUACCUUGUCCUAGAAAGAACAAGUAUAAAGUAUCUCGAAAAAAACAUACAGAAUUCUACGUCAACUAUAUAGGAAUAAGGACUCUUUACCUACCUCCACCCGGAUACUUUUAGUUAAGAGUUUAAUCUUACCUCAUUUUGACUACGAUUGUUAAGUAUAUGGUGAAUUGACCGACGAUUUAAAUUUAAAGCUCGAGCGUGCGUUAAAUGCCUGUGUCCGUUUUAUUUACAAUUUGCCUAAAUACGAACACAUAAUUCCGUACAGACAUAAGGCUGGUCUGCUUAAUGUUGCCAAGAGAAGACAAUUCUUUAUGGGUGAUUUCCUCUACACUCUUUUGCAAAACGAAGCUCCUGAAUAUCUGUUUAACCUUUUUCAAUCUGUAGACAGAUACCUUCCAGCACAGUCUAAGCUUCGGGAAAGACGUAAAAUCCUCAGCAUUCCUGUACACAGAACGUGUCAUCGUCAACGAUCAUUUAUGGUAA